AUGGAAUCCAACCAAUUUAAGAUCCGGAAACGCAACCCGAAAGCCUGUAGGCGCUGUCAUCGUCGGAAGCAGCGAUGUGUGGGGUAUCCGACCUGCACUAACUGCGAGACCGCGAACUCUUCAUGCACAAGAUCAGACCCAUCCAAAUCCCAGCCGGCAUGUGAGAGAUAUCAUGGAUUGUCAAAGGAUGCCCUCUUCGAUAAAAUCGAGGAGUUAGAAGCUCAAGUAAAAACCGUCACCCAGGUCCCAAGAAGUCAACCGUCUGGGUUCAUUCCCAACGUGCCCGAGGUAGGCUAUUUAUUCGAUGUUAUGGAGUUCUUGACGACGGGACAAAUGUCAGGCCAGACGCCUCAGACAUCUGCAUCACCACCAGGCACUUUGAUUGCGAAGGAGAUGGAUCGAGUAUUUGAAGAGACUGUUAUGGAAAGUUGCUAUUCAGACAAAUCCAGCCUAGAAUAUGAGACUGAAUUCAGUGACGACCAGUCUCAGCCUGCACACCCGAAUGUCCCUACCGAUGGGGAGGGCUUGAAGUAUAUCAGGGUAUACAUGGAGACAAUGCAUAAUCAUAUGCCGUAUCUCGAUUUGGAGGAGAUAUAUCAACUACACGAUGAGAGAUCUGAACCGAUUGCACCGAAUCGAUCUGCUAGGUGGAAAGCCUUCAAAUUAUUCAUGGUUUAUGCGGUCGGAGCUGCGACGUGCCGAUCCAUAGAGCCGCAAUUCAGUAUAUCCGAUCUUGAUCUACUACGCACAGCUUUGCAACUCAAACCUCCCGUUACAGAACUUCGAUCUCUCCAGAGCAUCGAAGCCAUGAUGCUAUUGAUUAUGUAUAAUCUUCGAAUACCGAAUAGUUCGAAUAUUUGGUAUAUGAUUGGGUUGGCAAUGCGAACAGCAAUAGAUCUUGGAUUACACAGGGAAGCUAAUUAUCUUCACUUAAAAGAUGUCGAGUCGCAAGCAAGGCGACUUUUAUUUUGGAGUGUGUAUAUCAUGGAUCGAAGUAUUGCAAGACUUCUUGAUCGACCCUUCAAUAUCGCUGAACAUGAUAUCGAUGUUGGCUUGCCGUUUGAGUUUCGGGAAUCUAUCCAAGCCUCGACGAAUGAGAAGGUUCUGCGUCGACAAAAACAUUUGAGAAGCAGCAUAUCUGUUUUCAGCCCGGCUAUCAGGCUGAUACGUCUGAAAUCGCAGAUUCAAACUCGGGUUCAUAGGGUUGACAAGGAAGUUUCAUUACUCUUACCUGAGAUCAAUCCAUUAUUCUCGGCUUUGGAAGAAUACAAAAGAUCUUUACAGUCUGAUCUAUCGCCAAUAGAUAAAGAUUGGAUCAAUAUGCAUUGGAAUAAUGGAAUUGUGGUCCUUAUCCAGCCGUUUCUCAGAGAGCUUCCUUCUGAUCAUGAAUUGAUUCGCACUUGCAUGAGGGCAUCGGGGCAAAUGUGUCAAGUGUUCAAAGCAUUGCAUCAAAAGGGGUAUAUAGGCUUUGGGUAUUUCCUUCCAUGCUCAGUUGACGUGGCUAAUGAUCUAGGAGCUUGCUCCUCGGUCUUAUUUGCGGUUUCAGAACGCAACAAACAGCUAGAAAAAUACCGAGAUACAUGGGAAGCCGUUCUCACGAAGGUCAUGGAGCAUCUCGAGCAGUUCUCUUAUACUCGUGAAAUGAACAUGGCUAUCAUACGCCAGCCCAGUCUAACAAAUUCCUAUAAUGCAUCGUGGAUGAGUGAUUUUAUCAAUAAGUCGCCCUCAACCGGCACGUCAAACUCAUUUCUAGAUGAUCUGAGCUCUGCUCGUGGGGAAUGGCAUUAUGAUAUUUGGGGGUUACCACCAUUUGUUGAGAAAUACGCGGAUAAACCUGCCAAAGCUAGCCCUCAGCUGUUUACAGAUGAUUUGAAUAAUUUUUCUGCAUAUCAAGACACUUCAUCGAGAAGUUUAACUCCCGAUGGGAAAGAUGCUACAAGGUGGGAUCAGAUGAUCCCUGGGAACCUCUUGGAGGAAAGCAGAGCUGAAAUUGAAAUGUUUGAUGAAUUGUUUGCCAGUCUAAGUUGA